CAUACAGAAAAAGGGGUGUGACUGGUAUCAAGGUGUGGUCAAAUUUAUCUACACACAAAAGCUAGCUGUGAGCAACUAUAUCUAUAUCUUUGGUUGCAAGAAGUGCAUGCUAGAUCACUAAGAUGCCUAUCAAAAUAGCAGUCACAAAAAGGGGCAUAAAGAACAAGCAGUCUGGGGUGGACCUGUCAGUCACGGGCCACGAGAAGGCUGCUAGUGCUAAGCAAGUGAGGUACUAUCACGUCGUGGUCAUCACCAACCUGCCCUUCUACAAACGAGCUGAGCACAGCGAAGAAGAUACUGUUCAGUUCAUGGUGCAAAAAGAUUAUGAGGCGUUUGAGAAGUUGCAGAAGGACAUUAUUCAGAUGUUCCCAGAGCUGAAACUUCCUCCUAUGCCCAGAAAGUUUCAUUUGUUUGUGGAUAUUGAUGACAUAGAAGAGAGGCAAAUAGCGUUCGAUUGUCUGUUGAAAGUGCUGGCCAAAGAUAAAGCAAUGGCUGUGUCUAUUCCAAUGCUCCAAUUUCUGGGGUUUGAUUUAUUAGCUGACAAGAACUAUUACAAGGGAAGAAGAGAAUACUUGCAGAAGAUGGAAGAGGCUAAGAGGAACGAAGAGGCCCAGUUACCAGAGGUCAGUGAGGAGCAGCUGUUUGGAGAUAAUGAAGACACGGGAGAAGAUUUGUUUGCAGGGGUACCUAAAACCACUUCAGCCUCCACCACUUAUGUAGGUGGAUCGAUAUUCGAGGAGGGCGGCAGUGAGGGCGCGGUAAAGGUGGCUUUGCUGGAAAGUGAUGACUUGUUUCUCAACAAUGACACAACGAUCGAAUCUAGUGAGCAAAUUGGGCCGACAGGAGAGUUUGAAACAGAAGAUAACUCUGAUAUACUGAAUGUGUCAGAGUCGCUGGAUGACGUCCUACAGAUUGCCAACAAGCCCACCAAACAGCGGCCAAGCGUCACCAAGACAGCACCGGGCAAGUCGAGUGAAGGCAAUGGCCUGUUUGAUAUCGACGACUCUGUGGCUACGAGUAUGGGAACUGAUGACAUCAUGAAAUACAUUGAACAGAAUCAGGCAGAUAAUGAUGAUGAUGAUUUGGACUUGUUUUGAACUCUUUUAUGAGUUAUAUAUGUCUUGUAACCCACCACAGCAUGCAGUGUAACGACAGCUACUACCCACUUCUGUUUUUAGUAUAAUUAUUUUGUGUCAUGUUUUAAUUCAAUCUAAUUACACGUAUAAUUAUGCUCUCUAAGUGUUUUGUCGCCUAAUGAAGCAAUUUAAACUUUUUUUUAUUUGGUGCUGUAUAUAGAUCUAUUAACAGUAAAAUGAGAUUGUAUGUUUUUAUGUAUAUAAAAGGAAGUAAAAAUGA